UGGUUUGACUAUUAAUAUGCGUUCUUUGGAAUAUUAUGCUUUUUUUUGGAUGGUUACAGUUAUUUCCGUGCUUUUUUUUUUGGGCUGAAUAUUUGAUAUCAGGAUUCAUUGUAGCAAAGAUGGCCGCAGUUGAGGGUACUAACUCAAAAUUGCUACAUGGCCUUUUGAGAUAUCUCACUACUUUUUGGAGCGUCUUCUACACCAACAACAAAGGGGAAAGAAUGGAGAUAAAGGGUUGAAAAAAGAACAAUUUCAAGUAGUCUCAACUGAAUUAUAUGAUAGAUUUCAUAUGACAUAUGACUGGGGACAGUGCCGUAAUCACUACAGGAUAUGGAAAGCAAGGUUGAAGUCGCUUGUUGACUUGCAAAAAAAUAGUGGAGUGGGUUGGAAUGACCAUGAGAAGCGGUUUGAUGUACCACAACACAUGUGGAAUGAAUUCAAGAAAAAAGAGCAAAGAUUUUGGAAAGAGCAUAAAGUGCUUCCUAUUCACCUACAACUUGUUGAAUGGCUGCGUAAUGAAAUUGCCACCAGAGCUGGAUCUUCACACCCAUCCGAUGCAGUCAAUGAGGACCAGCCUUACAAUCCAGUGCCAAUUGAUGAAGAAAUUAGGUUGGACAAUUAUGAUGCUAUUGAUGAUAAUGUUGGUGAAAGUGCCCAUUAUACUCCCAAUGCAAGUAGCAGUCGUUCCCGUGGUAGGCCUAGUUCAGGGGUAACAAGUAAAGAGAAGAAGAAGAAAGGAGGUGCAGAGAAGGUUAGUAGUCCUUUGAAGGUGAUAGCCAAUGCAAUUGUGGAGAUGGCCAAGCAAGACCCUCGGAAGGAAUUUGCAAAAAACUUAUGUAUUGAGAUUGAUGCACUUCCAGGAGUUGAGUUUGAUAAAAAAUUGCGUGCUAAACAAUUCUUCAUGCAACAUAAGGAAUUGCCUCCCAUCUUCUUGAAUGCCAAUGAGGCAGAUAAGCCUAAGGUGUUUGAACACUACAUGAAGAAUAUCGAAGAUGGUGGUCAAGAUUGAGGAGGUGUCGCUUUAUUUAUUUAUGAUUAGUGUGUUGUUUCAAAACAUGAGUAGAUAUUAACUAGACAAUUUAUGACAAACAUUUGAAAUGCUUAUUUUGGUGAUGUAAUAUUGA